UAAAAUUGACUGUAUAAAUAACGACGAAGCAGUCGAUCAAGGAGCGGCAGAGACGUCCGAAAGAUGUGAAAAAGGCUCUUCGGCUCUGGCUUACAAAUUGGAGUACAGAGAUAUUGCUUGAUAUUCUUGAAUAACAUCGGGUACAAACAGAAAUGCCCUGCGUCCAAUCCCAGUAUGGAAUUCUGCCCAAUGAAAACAACUGCUACAACCCAGAAUUCCUGAGCCCAGACCUUACUGCUAAGCUGGUCAUGGAUACAAGCGGGCAGCAGGACCGCCUUUCAGGUCUGCCCUUACCCAGCAUCAACACUCUGAUGGGCAGCUACUCCGGAGAGUUUGACGCCUACUCAUGCCACAUUGCCACUUCCGUUGCUUCCACCUCCACUGGGGCAAACUCUGGUCAGCAGUCACCCUUCAAGCUGGACGACUUUGAGGUGUAUGGAUGCUACCCUGGCACGUUCGCCCUGAGCUACCUUGACGAGACGCUGUCAUCGUGCGGUUCGGACUACUACGGAAGUCCCGCUUCGGCGUCCUCGCCCUCGGCGCAGGGCUUUCAGACGCAGCCUGUGUCCACGUGGGAGACACCGUUCAGCCCCUACUCACCAGCUCCUGGAUGCUGGGUGACCGACAAAGUGACCUUGCCACAGCCACCCUCCUUCUUCACUUUCUCCCCUCCGCUGGAGUUGUCAUCUCCCCUGGAACAGCAGUCAUCGCACCUGCAGGAGCAGGACCCUUUUGGUCAGCCUCAGCCCCAGCAGCACCAUGUCCCGUUGCACUUAGCUCCAGUGCCUAUGGAUCAGGGUUGCCUAGACAACCCAGUGCUGGCAGAGAGGCCCGGGUCCUCCCCCAAAAACCAGAGUCCCACAACCAAUGAGGGUCGCUGUGCCGUGUGCGGGGACAACGCGUCAUGUCAGCACUACGGCGUUCGUACCUGUGAGGGGUGCAAAGGCUUCUUCAAGCGGACUGUACAGAAGAAUGCUAAAUACGUGUGCUUAGCCAACAAAGACUGCCCAGUUGAUAAACGUAGGCGGAACCGUUGCCAAUUCUGCCGUUUCCAGAAGUGCCUGGCCGUGGGGAUGGUGAAAGAAGUCGUGCGGACUGACAGCUUGAAAGGUCGCAGGGGUCGCCUACCCUCCAAGCCCAAGAAUAUUCAAGACUCUGCAUCCGCACCGACGACUACCAUCGAUAUCAUUUCAUCUCUUGUUAGGGCGCACAUCGACUCCAACCCAGCUGCUGGAAAACUGGACUACUCUCAGUUCCAGGAGGCAGUGGCCAACCUGUCUGAGAAACACAAUGCCAGAGAUGUCCAACAGUUUUACGACUUGUUAACACAUACUAUGAAGGUGAUCCGGAAAUGGGCAGAGGGCAUCCCUGGAUUCACGGCCUUCUGCCCUGAAGACCAGGAGCUCCUCCUGGAAUCUGCCUUUGUGGAACUUUUCAUCCUACGCCUUGCAUACAGGUCGAGCCCAGAAAAGGACCAACUGAUCUUCUGCAAUGGGGUAGUGCUCCAUCGCAUGCAGUGCAUGCGAAGCUUUGGUGACUGGAUAGACUCCAUCAUGGACUUCUCACAGAGCCUUCACCGCAUGAAUCUGGAUGUUUCCUCCUUUUCCUGCCUGGCGGCUCUAGUCAUCAUUGCAGACCGUUACGGACUCAAGGAACCAAAGCGUGUGGAGGAGUUCCAGAACCACCUGAUUUCCAGUCUGAAGGAACACGUGGCCAGCAACGGCAUGGACUCCAGCCGACCCAACUACAUGUCAUGGCUUCUGGGGAGGCUCCCAGAGCUACGGACGCUGUGCACCCAGGGCCGCCAGCGAAUUUUCUACCUUAAGCUGGAAGACCUUGUUCCCCCACCGCCCAUCGUGGACAAGAUCUUCAUGGAUGCCCUGCCUUUCUGAACUUGAGGAAGAGGGUUCAUUGACAAUUGGGGUGACACUCGAUGGAGACAAAGAGAAAAUGAGACGCUUUUUCCACUGCCUGCAGGACGAUAUUUCCGGACCCUGGAUCCAUAUGCUUGGUAUCAUUUGGUCGCUUUGCACUGAUUGGUUAAUCCAGUCCCUCUGAUUCUGGCCCACAACUAAACACCACUUUCAGGAAAUAUGAGCUUUAUUGUUACACAUACGACUUACUGAAAUGGACUCUAUCCUUUUUGGAGAAAACAGGAUAGGAUAAUAUGCCAUUUCUGUACAAAUUAAUGUAUGUACAUUUUGAUGUGAUUUUAUGGCUGUGCAAAACCUGUAAUUGCACAGAGAAGAAUGAUACUGGAGAAAAAUGAAAACGAGGACCAUCUCUACAAAUACUGACAGUAUUAAUAUUAAUCAUGAUUUAAAGCCAAUGGUUUUCAAAGCCUUAGUACUGGUUGUAAGGGUUGAGAAUAAAGACCUACUGGAGGUACUGGUAGUGAUACCUGCAUAGUCAGCCCUUGCUUGCAAUGUCAGAUGGCUCUUUGCUUUUCCGCAUAUCAUACUUUGAGAUUAGCUUUCAAAGUAGCUGGAUACCUUAAGCAUUAAAAACAAAAUCAUGGACCAAAUGAGGCUAUUUUGUAAAAUGCUGAGCCUUGUUUUGUGAAUCAGCAGCACAUCUCAUUUAUAGGCCAUUUUGUGCAACAGAAUUUCUCAGAACAUAUCUAUAAAAAUAUAAUUAUCCUAAGCACUGCGUUCCUCAUUUUGUACUCACAAUACCUGUGCAGCAAUGACAUCACAGCUCUUUGUGAAUAGUGCCUUAUUCAAGGUUCUCCAUGCUACUGUCACUAAUUAUUAUCAUAGAUAAACACGCCCCCCGCCCAUUCAUUUUCUGACAAUCUGAUAGGUAUUAUUGGUUUGACUUUCCAUCUGUAGUCUAACUUUGCUUCUAACUUUGUCCAUAGCCAUGUCUAUAUAUUGGCAAACAACGGGAAGAGCUGUUGAUGUUGCUACUCUUGCCUGCGCACUGUACCCUCCAUACAAAAAUUAUGUACAUUUAUCAUGUAUUUUAAAAAGUGACUUUAUGGCUAAAUGCGUGACAAAUGUAUUAAGAUGAGCAGCUAUGGGUACUUUCUGCAGUUGAGGUGUUUUCAUUGCUAUUCAUUUCUUUUAUAUAUGUGUAUGUAUAUUAAUAGCAGAAAGACUUUAUAUUUGUGAAGUUUUUUUUUUUAGUUUUGUGGUUAUGUGAUAUUGAGAAAAGAUAUUUAAUAUAAAAAGUUUUCAAAUGACUGGCUACUAGUGUUGCCUUCGUGCUUUGGUUUAGACCUCAGUUGGAUCCCACAUAGAUGAAGGUAAUUCAACCUCACCUGGCAUGGGACUCGGUACAAAUACUGUGUCAUGAUUCCCCAGUUCUUGGACUGCAAUGACCUGUUCAUGUGGGACUGUGACACUAUGUUCCAAGUCUUCCUGGCCCAGGGCUAUGUCAAAUAAAAACAGUGCCGCUACAGUAAUAUGGUUAGACUUUCUUUAUUUUUUUUAGGUAUGAUUUAGGUUUUAGUUGGACUUGAAUGUGUGAAGAGGAGAACCUUGCAUCAGGAAUUUAAAACCACGAUUUACACCAGGAAAAAGAAGCCGAUGAAGCAGAAACGAACAUCUGUGUUCUGGGAGUUGUGGUCUGUAUAGUGAAUGUGGAUGUCAGAGUAUUGGCAUAUGAGCCCAGUGCAGUGAACAUAUGCUACACUGUAUCAUUAGGAUUUCAACCAUAAAUGCAGUCCAGUGCAGCUUACAGGUAUCACUAAGGUUUGGAUGGUAAUAAAAGCAUCUCCAAUUAUAAUAAAGAAAUAUAUAUAUAUAUAAAUAAAACGUUGACUACAAUAGAUGAAUGAAACUAAAUUUGAUACAAUUAACAAAAAAAUGGGAAAAAUAUUUUUAAAAAUAUAUAUUCACAUUUCACAGAUUGCUUAUUUGACAGUGUGUUAUAAACUGGAGUGCUAUUGUAACAAUAAAUUUGAAAAUUUGAGGAGUGAUAAGAAGAUUUUGAGAAAUUGUCCACUGGUUAUUUAGUGAGCAACAUGUGUUUUGUCAGUUGAUUCAACCAUUAUGUGAUGGAGGGAUGUGCUUUGGUUUUCUAGUAAGUGAUGUGAGAGAUGUGAAUUUCUGAGAUGCUGAAUUCCAACUAAGAGCUUUUCUUUGACAUCUUUGCAGAACUCAUAGCCUAGAUACCAUGAAGUUGUCAGUUGUCAGUGUAGUGUGCGGAUGUGUCUGAGUUAGGAAGUCCAGUUUGAGUUGAGUGAACUCUGGCUUAUCUUAUAUUGGAUUUGUUUUAGUUUAUACUUCUGCUGAUCUCAAGGUUUUUUCACCAUCCACGAAUUACUAAUCAAAUAAAACAUUUGUGGUUGUUGUUUGUCUUUGA